AUGGACGGUAGUGUCCUGCCCCCAUGCCAGAAAGUCCUGACCCAGAAAAUAAAACAUGCACACCUCAUUGCUUACAGGUGGAAUUCUGUUACGCUUGUUCAGCAUAGUCCCAUCUCACCUGUUGAGUCUGGAUGGACAAUGGAAAAUGAUAGCUACAUCAUUAUGUGGGCAGAAGAUGAUUCUACAGAGGAGGCAUCUUAUGGUAGUGAUUCUGAUGAUACGAAUGAUGAUGAAAGUGAUGCCAGUAGUAGUGAUAGUAAAAAUGUAUCUAAAUUUGUUUGUGAACACAAUAAGGGACUAUAUUUUUGA